CCCUAUGCAUCGUCUCCUCUGCUUUGGCCAAAACCGAUAUAUAUAUCAAAUCAAGAAACCCAAAAGAGAAAAAGAUCAGAAAAAGGGGGAGAUAUGGAAGAUUGUUUGAUGGAUCCCAUGAAUCUCAGUCCAGGAGGAGGUGAUCGUGAAGAAGAAAAUGAUAAGAAAGAUGAUGAUGAAGAAAGGCCAAGUGGUGGAUUCAUAAGCCAUCUUCUCUGUAACUUGUUGUCUGGAGUGGAUGGUGAAGAAGAAAAAGUAGAAAAAGAAGGUGAUCAUGAAAACAAGGGAAGCGUCGUUGUCAGUGAGGGUAAAGAUGAAGAUAAGGGAGGUGGGCUUAUAAGCCAUCUCAUCUCCAACUUGGUCUCCACUGGAGGCUCUGAAGCAGAGGAAAAUGCUGGUGGUGAUGGAAAUGGUGGCCGGAAGACAGAAGAGGAGGGUGGUGGUGGUGGUGGUGGUAGAGGAGGAGGAGGAGGAGGCAUCAUUCAAAACCUUGUCUCCCACUUGCCUUCACCACUUCAAGAUGAUGCGGCUCCCACGUCCGACGAGGCCUCCAUACUAAUUCACUCCAUCGUUCAUGACUAAUUAGGAAGCAUACAAUCAGGAUUGUUAUUUUAGAGAGACUUCAGACUAGAGAUUUGCCAUUCCAUGUAUUUUCUUUGUGUUAAGAAAACCUUUUGCAGUACUUUGGAAAUAUUUUCUUUUAAUUUUCUUCUGGUUAUUGUUUUAAGGAUCUUUCUAAAUGCUUGUAAUGCACGUGACAAGAUUAAGGGCA